UUUUGCAUCUUUGUGCUCUCCGCUCUGUUUGUCCAAACUGCAGACCGUAGUUUAGGGUCGCCGUGCAGUUUGAAGAUGGCGGCCACCUUGGCUAGAGGUCUCACAGGUCUGCUGAGACCUCUGACAGUGUUGGGAAGAAGCAGCAUUUCCCAAGCAGCUGGACUCACCCAGCUGUCUCCUCGGUUCUCCACCCUCAUUCAGAGACAAACUGGCUUUAAAACUCUGCCUGCGAUUGAAGGCCCUUGCUCCCAACAGCACAGUGUGCUCCAUCGUGUCACACCACUCAUCCCAUCAUUGAUGCUUCAGCCCACUAGGAAUCUAACAUACUAUAGUUUGAAAAAAGGCAAGAGGAAGACAGUGAGGUCUGUGGUGAAGAGGUUCCUCCGAUUGCACUGUGGUCUGUGGGUGAGGAGAAAGGCUGGAUACAAGAAGAAGCUUUGGAAGAAGGGACCAGUCCGAAAAAAACGUUUAAGGGAACAUGUGUUCUGCAAUAAGACUCAGUGCAAAAAACUAGACAAAAUGACCACGUCUUUUUGGAAAAGAAGAAACUGGUACCUCAAUGACCCAUACCAGAAAUACCACGAUCGAGUCAACUUCAAAAUGUAAAACCUGUAUUAGCAUAUUAGCAUUGUACUGGUAUAUAUACAUAAAGAAAAUGCUUGUUGUUAAAACUGUUUUAAAAAUACCAUCAAUGUUUUGGUGUUAACACACAGUAAAAAAUGUCCAUUUCUUAAGAUCAGUGUAAAUGUAAUUUCCAAAAUAAACUGUUUCAUCUGUUA